ACUCUUCAAUAGUCUCUUUGACAGCCAAACAGAAAAAAAUAGCAAAAAAUUAUGAGUGGAAGUGUAGUUGAUUGGAUUGAUUUUAAUCAAAAAAAUAAACCACAAAGUAAUGCACUUGCUGGUGGCAUUUUAACUUUGCUCGUUAGUGGAAUUCACUUUGGAUGGAUUUUUAAUAAUGAUUUAAUCAGCUAUCCUUGGGCUGGAGGUCACUCUUCGUUUGAAAAAAUUUUAACUUACUCAUCGUUCUUUGUUGGUGGAGUUGCGGGACUUUAUUUCGCUUCUUUGGUCGUAAAUCGACUAACGAAGUCAAAUAUUUACUUUUCAGCAAUGACGUUUGUAUCUACUGGAUCGGUUUUUUUUAUCAUUAUGCCGAAAAGUCUUUAUCUAAUACUUGUAGCGAGACUUUUUAUCGGAUUCGGGCAUGGUUAUGCUUAUCUUACUCUCAUUGUGCAUGCAUCAGAAAUUGUAACACAAAAAUUACGCGGACUGGUUGUUGCUUCAUUCAAUUUUGUCAUUAUUUGUUCAGUUUUCAUGUGCGGAUCUUUUACAAUGAGUUUUGAAUCAGAAGAAAGUGGAUUUGGAGCUAUUCAGUGGAUGGGAAUUCUCGGCUGCUUUUUCUCACUUUUAGGAUUUCUUUUCAUUGCAAUUUUCACUCGUGAAUCGCCGGUCGCAUUAAUAAGACAAAAGAAAUUCGAUCAAGCAGUUGCAUUAAUGAUAAAACUCCGAUGUGAAUCAGAAGAAACUUGGAGUAUAAAGAACGAGUACAAUGAACUGAAAGUGAUGGUGGAAGAAGACGAAGAAUCGUCAACAAAUAUUUUUGAUCAUAAAAAUCUUCGUCCUUUGAUAUUUAUUACGUUACUCAAAAUUGGGACAGUUUUAUCAUUUAAUUUCGGUCUAAAUAUGAUAAGAUUGAUGCAUUCAAAUGCUUUUGUUUCUGAAGACAAUUUAAAUUUCUCAGCGAUGGCUUUCAUGGGGAUUCGAUUGAGUGCUUGCAUGGUGACACUUUUCACGAUUGACGCUAAAGGAAGACGACCUCAUUUCUUAAUCUCUUAUGGAGGUUCAUCGAUCAUUCUGAUAAUAAUGGGAAUUGUCAUUGCUUCUACCCAAUCUUCAUGGCUUAUCGUUAUUGUUCAAAUAAUUUUUGACAUUAUUAGUGGAGUAGGAAUUGGAAUGAUCGCCGAUGUUUAUUCAUCAGAAGCUUUUAAUACAAUGAUGAAACCUCGUUCGAUAUUCUUCACCACAAGCAUUGAAUAUAUUUUCCACAUUGUGUUAAUUGUUGCAACUUUCAAUGUUUACACUUCUCCUAAAUUCGGUUGGAUAUUUAUGAUUGGAUCAGGAAUUUUGCUUCUCGCAUUGACAUAUUUACUCUACAAGAAGCUACCGGAAACUGCAAAAAUGUCUAUCAGACAAACAAGAAAUGAAUUCAUGAAAACUGGAGAAAUUGUCUUCUCAGGCAGUAAAAUGCCACCACAAAGCAUAACAUUCCAUUAAGGUUUAGAUUUUGUUUAAAAUUAUAAAAUUGGGGAGACAUUAGAUUGAAAAUAAAUGAAAUGAAAGUUUAAAAGUGAAAAUUGUGUCUUAUGAAGCUUUUCUUUUUUAAAGUUGAAGUUAGAUUUUAUCACAUCC